UUGAUACCUACAUAUGAAAAUUAUUACAUUCAUAGAAAUGCUUGGCAGCCCUUCUCCCACCAACGAAGAGCCAUCAGGGUAUUGUGAUCAAUUGAAUGACUCCAAUUCGCAAGAUUCCAUGGAGAUAGAAUCUGAGGAAGAUCUUGAUAGUAGUGAGAAAGUCAGCAAUAUUUUACAAUCAGCAGAUACAGCAGAUGCUUCUCCAAUUAUCGAUGGACCAUCCGUCUCUCAUACCCAGUGUCUCCAAAACUUAAACCAAGAUAAUUUUUCUGAUGCUGAAAAUGAUGAAACUGCAGUUGAUUGCUACUCUUCAGGUAAAUUGGAAAAAAUAUUAAAAAUUGAAAAAACCAAAAAAUUAUGGUACAUAGUGAAAUUAGCACAGAAGCCUGAAGCUGUCGUUGUCCCAGGAUUUUGGCUAAACUUUGAUCGAAAAGAGUGUGCUUGGCCUCAAACUAAUACAGAAUAUGUGAUUCAGAAUGACAUUGUAAAUAGGGUGAAGCCUUCGAAAAACUGGGUCACACGAGGAGUAACCGACAUACUAGGAUAUGCAGAUUCAUUCGAUGAAGCCGUUAUGAAGCAACAACGAGCGUGGGAAAAAGAAAAUAGAGGAAUUAAACGCACAGCUGGUCAAACAAACCUGAACGACGAUGGUAAAAGGAAAAAUUUAAAAAAAACAGCACCAACAAUUGUCACUGAAGAACGUGUAAAUCUCGAUGUAGACCCAUCAAACGCGCAGAACUUUUUGAAACUACGCCCCUGUCAGCGACUGGCGCUAACAGAAAUAAAAAAUCUGAAGGAAGAAGAUAAAAUAGUAUAUGUAGCUAAAAUGUUACACGAAGUUUUGCGCAACCAAGCCGAAGAAAAGCUUCAAAAUGAAAGGCGACAGGUAAUGAUACCUACUUCCAGUAACGGUUCGAUUUGUUCUUCUGAAUCGUCUGCGAUUCGAUCUCGUUUCCCGAUUGACUCUUUAAAAGAUUUCAUUAAGUUCAACGAUGAUCUUCGUGAUGGAAAUUACGUCAUGCAAGUGCGAAACUAUUUGAGAACUAUAGGAGGAAGAAGGCUCACGAAACACGAUAUCACAAGAGAGAAAUUAGCUAGUAUUUUAACCGACAAAGUUGCUAUUCAUUACAACUUCUGUGGAACAAAUAGACAGUUGAAAAAGAAACCGUUUAGUACAUUGCGCAUAUGGGAUUUGAUUCAUAAUGAAGUUGUUGAUUUCUCCUACCAAACCAAAGAGGCCGAUGAUACGUGUAAAACGUGGUUAAAGCAGGCAAAAAAAAGGAUGGAAACAACAGCAAAGAAAUUAAAAACCCGUAACGACAAAGACAAGGAACAUGAAGGCGAACAACCCAAAAAAAGAAACCAACAAGAAGCUCAAGAAAACCAAAAAGCUUAUAGCGAAAAAGAAGACGAAUUUCAUUUAUAAUUGUAUUACGAUUUGUAUUGCGUUUUUCUCUAAAUUUAUACGUAUGUACAACUGUACAUCUAUUUUUUUUUAGGUAUUUUAGCCAUGUUUAAUGGAUAUGAAACUAUAAUCGAGUAUAGUUUAUUUUUGUUCUGUUCUUAAUUUUUCAUUAUCGUUUUUAGGUAAACUAACGAGCGUACACAUAUAAGUGUAAUUUAGAAUGUAACAUCAACGAUUCUUGUAUUAACAAGUAUUUUUUGUAAUGAAUGUCGCAGGCGGUAUUGGUAAUAAAUACAUUGCACAUAAAAUUUA